AUGCAGGACAUUCGACUGACAGCCAUUGCGAUGGCCUGUCUUGCGCUAUUCCCAAGCCAUGCAGCUGCUUUCUGGCGUCUUCCUUGCCGUGGAAGAUCGGGUCUCGCCCGGAUUGACCCCAUUGUAGAGCCGGGCAAGGCCUCGGGUCACGCUCACGCGGUCCAUGGAGCUGGAGGCUUUGGCAUGAGCUCCAGCCAGAGCGAGCUGCUCGAAUCUGAUUGCACCUCGUGCGCAGUGACUGAAGACAAGUCUGCUUACUGGGCUCCCGCUUUGUACUUCAUGCACACCAACGGCAGUGCCCAGGUCGUUGAUGAGGUUGGUGGCAUGCUUGCCUACUACCUUCUGUAUGGAGAGAAUAUCAAGGCUUUCCCAGAUGACUUCCGCAUGCUGGCAGGUGACCCCUUCCAGCGCAACUUCACCUGGCCCGUUCCCGACCCUCCCAAGUCCGAGUGGUCUGGUGCCCAGGCCUCACAGGCUGCUUUGCGCCAGAAGGCCCUUGGUUUCAACUGCCUGAACUAUUUGAAGGCCCCAGAGGACUCCCUCAAACGCCACCACCUUCCCGACAAGGAUUUCCUUGAUGAGCAUUGCACCGAUGGAAUCCGAUUUGAGUUGAUGUUCCCAUCUUGCUGGAAUGGCAAGGAUGCCGACUCCCACGACCACAAAUCCCAUGUCGCAUACCCAUCUCUUGUUAUGGAUGGUACCUGCCCCGAAGGUUUCGAAACUCGCUUGGUAUCGCUCUUCUACGAGACUAUUUGGGACACAUACGCCUUCAAGGGCGUCGAUGGAUAUUUCGCGCUCGCCAACGGUGAUCCCACCGGAUACGGAUACCAUGGUGAUUUCAUGCACGGUUGGGAGGAUGGCGUCCUACAGGAGGCCAUUGAAACUUGCACCAGCGAGACAGGCAUCAUUGAUGAGUGCGAAGUUUUCACCAUUCAGACCGAAGACGAACAGCGUCAGUGUGAGUUCUCCAUUCCAUCCGAGCUCAAGCACGAAAACUGUCACAUGCACGACGACGGAUUGCCCGGCGGCAUGUCUGUCGAGUGGGGCCCCGAACGUGCUGCGAUGAAGGCCAAUCCGAUUAAGCUUCCCACCAUUUCCGUUGCUGGUGUUUCGAUUGAUCCCAACACUUUGCUCGACAAGUUCCACGCGACCAGCACUGCGGAACCUACUGCCGAAGCUACUACUUCUUUCACUUCCACUUCGACUCCCUCGCCAACCCCGACCCCUGUCACCUCCACUGUUAUCGAUCCUAUCACAGAAGAGAUCAUCUAUCUCCAACGUGAUGUUGUCGUCCUCUGUGAUGGCAAUGGCGAGACGUACUCGACUAGCACUGGCCCCAUCCGGACUGUCUCUUCUACCAUUACAACCAUUAUGGAAACUGCUACAGCCGUUUCCUACGUGAAGAAAGACACUGUUCCGGAAGUUGUGGAACCGGUGCAGGAUGCUGGCCACGCCCGCAGACAUCUUCACCACCGCCACGGUCACGGACACAACUAG